AUGCAAGAUAUUAGAAUAACCUUAGCAAUUUUGUUAUUUGUAGGAAUUAUUGGAAUUGCUAAAAUUGCUUCACUUAUUGUUGAUUAUAUGCGCCGUAAGCCCAUCGGAGUUGCUGUUUCUAAUAAAGAAAAGAUUGAUGAUAUCCAAAGGAUGGUGCAAUACGUGCCCGGCAAUCUUCAAGACGGAAGUUACUUAAUUAUUUAG